AUGCGUUCAUUCCUCGCAUAUACUUUGUUUCUUUUAAUGACUUUCAUAACUUUUAGCACAGCGGACUAUACAGUUAAUUCACCAGCUGCAGGAAUGGUAUAUAACAAAAGCGACAUACUUCCAGUAUCAUGGAACGUCACUUCAAAUACAGAUAAAAUUAUUAAUGUGACUUUAGCACAUGGAAAUUCCCAAAAUUUUACACAAGAUAUGGUUUUGUGCUCGAAUAUUAACCCAAAUGUCGGACAAUGUAAUUAUACCAUCGGUAAUCUUACUUCGAGACGUGAUUAUGUUGUGAUUGUCGGAAAGGACCCAGCACAUGUAGGAUAUUCAAACUAUUUCGCCAUAAAUUCUACUGGACCCCUUCCACCACCAUCAGGAUGUCCAAACUUUGGAGGUUAUGAUUGCCCUGAAUCAUUACCAUGUUGUAGUGCUAGUGGUUUCUGCGGAAAUACGGGUGAUUAUUGCGGAACUGGCUGCGAUCCAACACAUAGUUUCAAUGGAGAUUCAGAAGAUUAUUGUAGAGACGGUUGUGAUCCAGCAAGCAGCUUCAACGGACAAUGU